GUGGCGGACAUUUAUUUGAGAGGCCUGCGGCUGAAUCAAAUUCUAGUGCUCACAAAACCUAGUUUUCUGCAGUUGGUUGGCCGUUUUCCACCAAGAGUGUUUAACCAUAUGAGAACAGAAUGAAUGUCUUCAGACUAACAGGAGAUCUCUCGCAUCUUCUGGCCAUCCUUGCGCUAUUGUGGAAAAUAUGGAAAACGAGAUCGUGCGCCGGCUUGUCAGGCAAAAGUCAGAUUCUCUUUGCCCUGGUGUUCAGCACACGAUACCUCGAUCUGGUUCUGACAUUCAUCUCAGUGUACAACACUGUGAUGAAAGUCAUCUACUUGGUGUGUGCGUAUGCUACAGUCUAUUUGAUGUUAGUCAAGUUUAAGGCAACCUACGAUUCCAACCAUGACACAUUCAGGAUCGAGUUCUUGCUGAUACCCGUCGCUGGACUGGCGUGUUUAGUAAACCAUGAGUUCUCAGUGUUGGAGAUCCUGUGGACAUUCUCCAUCUACCUGGAGUCAGUAGCCAUCUUGCCGCAGUUGUUCAUGAUUUCCAAGACUGGUGAGGCAGAGACCAUCACCAGCCACUACUUGUUUGCACUGGGUGCCUACCGUGCCUUGUACAUUGUCAACUGGAUCUACCGCUACUAUUUUGAGGGAUUCUAUGACUUUAUUGCCAUUGUAGCUGGAUGUGUCCAAACAGCGCUAUACUGUGACUUUUUCUACUUGUACAUUACAAAAGUUCUCAAGGGAAAGUCUCUGAAGUUACCAGCUUAAUUUGACAAGACUUCAAGAGACCAGUGGUUCAUUGGAGGAAGAUGUUUGUCAAACUACUUGUCAGCAAGCAUAUCUCUAAAAUUAACACUGCCAUUUUUAUCUCUGAAUGAAGCAUCUAAGCUUUUUAACCCGUUCACAAGAUUUCAUGUAGGUAUUGGAACAUUGUGCUAAAUAUUUAACUUGAGCUAAUUAAUAUGUGAAUUAUUCUUUUAGUGUAAGUUUGGCCCACAUUUGGCCAGUGUGGUUAUGUGGUCAUUGGCAGUUAGGUUUUUUUGUAGUGUGUAGUCUUAAGUUUUGUCUGAAAUGAACUUAACAGUGUUAGAAACAUAAUAGUAUUGAAUCCUGAAAUUCAGAGGUUAUUGAAACAUAAUUGCAUAUUUACUGCUGGAGUUUUUCUUUGCGUGUUCAUAAAAUUAAUGAUUCAGACAAUUUACAAAGGUUCUUUCAUGUCAGUUAAAAUUUGUUUUACUUCUCAUUGCCAACCGUAACUGCUUUGCUUCAUUGACUUCCUGUCUGACCUAGUAGUAUGAAACUACACAUCAAGGUUAGUCAGAGCCAAAGUGCAUGGCAUUAGGCAGUACCUCUGAUGCAGUGUUUUAAUGAAAAAUUGUGCAAUUUAUGAAUUCCAUUCUGCAAACUACUACGGCCAUGGAUCAGAGCUUAAAUGGGAGUGUAUUUUUUCACACCUUGUUAUAAAGGAACAGGACAAGCUUAGGGUAUUCUGGAAAGUAACAGCUACUUCAACUAUUUUGUAGUACUCAUAAUAAUUAUUAUGUACAAUGAGAGCAGUUAAAAGUUUAAAAUUAUUGUGAUUCCUUCCAUGGUUGUUUUCUUUGGAAAUACCUUUCAUGCUUACUUUAAGUUAGUGAGAUAUUAUGAGUUUAAAUAUGUAUGAGCAAUUUUUUUUAAGUUGGAUGCUAUUAAUGUUAAAUAUUAAUAUUACAGUUUUAUUAAUAUUUAAUGUUAUUAAAUAACUUAAGAUGUUUUGCUUUCCCAAGCAUUGUUCCUUGUUGUUAUUUCUAGAAUUUACCAAGGGUAUAACAUGCAUGGAAUCAUUACAUAUGUCCGCCUCUCAUCUCUCUCCAAGACUGCAGCUGUUAAUGCUGUGAUUACAUCAGCAUUAAAAUGCCUAGUGUUUUUUCCCUUAAGUCGUUUUAGCUCAUUUUCAUUAAUUUCUCAUUCACAUUAAUAUUGCUUUGUGAUGGCUAAAUUAUUCCUCACCCUAGCUCACUUUCAAUAUUGUGUAUCAACAACCUCACAUUUUGAGAGUCAAGAACCUACAAACAAGUAGAUGGGAGAAUCCACGAACAAAAAUAUUAACGUAGAAAAUGACAACGUACUGCCACUCAGAGAACUUCCUCUUCCACACGUGUGAGCUCCACUGUCAUCCCAAGAGAUAAUUAAUUUGAUGUAAGUCUCCCUUCCUCCUAUUAAAUGCAUGGUUGAACCAUGCACUUUAUGGGGAUUUACUGUGAAAAGGAAGAACGUCCUCAGACAGUAUGGGGAGUUAAGAGGUGUCACAGCUUCUGGUAAUCUUUUGAUGAAUAAAAACACCUGUGUACAACUUGA